AUGCGUCUCAAUACUUGGAUCCCGGCGCUGCUACCACUAGUUGCAGCUAGUUCUAUACCUCGGGGAACGGAAUUCGCACGCCGUCAACUGCCUAAAGAGCCUACAGGUGUUAAGACAAUCACCACGGCUAAUAAUGUCACUAUCCGUUAUAAGGAACCCGGGAAAGAGGGUGUCUGUGAGACUACUCCCGGUGUUAACUCAUAUGCAGGUUACGUGGACCUAGCAGAGAAUGUCCAUACUUUCUUUUGGUUCUUCGAGGCUCGUCAUAACCCAGAGACUGCACCAAUCACACUUUGGCUUAAUGGAGGUCCUGGUAGUGACUCGUUGAUUGGACUUUUUGAAGAGUUGGGUCCAUGCCAUGUUAAUGAAUCUUAUGAGACUUAUCUGAAUCCUCAUUCAUGGAAUGAGGUUUCUAACAUGCUGUUCAUUUCCCAGCCUCUGGGUACUGGAUUUUCAUACUCGGAGGAGGGAGAGGGUUCGCUCAACCCAAUUACCGGCUCUUUUGAGCCGGCCGAUGUCGCAGGCGUUCAGGGUCGCUACCCAGUGAUCAAUGCCACUAUGAUUGAUACGACCAACCUCGCCGCUGAGGCAACUUGGGAAGUCCUGCAGGGAUUCCUGGGAGCAUUGCCCAAGUUGGAUUCGAAGAUCAAAUCAAAGAGCUUCAAUCUCUGGACUGAGAGCUAUGGAGGACACUAUGGACCGGCUUUCUUCGACCAUUUCUAUGAGCAAAAUGAGAAGAUUGCCAAUGGUACCGUGGAAGGUGUUCAACUGGAUUUCAAUACUUUGGGUAUCAUUAAUGGAAUCAUUGAUGAGGCUAUCCAAGCUCCUCACUAUCCUGAAUUUGCUGUCCACAACACCUAUGGCAUCAAGGCUGUCAAUGAAACUGUCUACAACUAUAUGAAAUUCGCCAACUCAAUGCCUAAUGGCUGUCAAGACCAGGUCGCAACAUGCAAAGCAACUAAUCGUACCUCUCUGUCAGACUACGCUCUAUGCACAGAAGCAGCCGAUAUGUGCCGUGACAACGUCGAGAGUCCGUACUAUUAUUUCAGUGGCCGUGGCGUAUAUGAUAUCCGUCAUCCAUACGAAGACCCGACCCCUCCAAGUUACUUCGAGCAAUACCUCGCCAAAGACUCCGUGAUGAACGCCAUUGGCGUAGAUCUCAACUAUACAAGCUCCAACGAUGAAAUCUACUUCGCCUUCCAACAAACGGGUGACUUCGUCUGGCCGAACUUCAUUGAGGAUCUAGAAGAUAUCCUUACCCGUCCUGUUCGUGUUGCUCUGAUCUACGGUGACGCAGAUUACAUCUGUAACUGGUUCGGUGGACAGGCUAUCUCCCUUGCAACGAAGUAUAAGCAUAGUAAGGAAUUUGCAAAAGCGGGUUACGCACCUUUCCUUGUGGAUGGAGUUGAAUAUGGCGAAACGCGUGAAUAUGGGAACUUUUCUUUCACCAGGGUUUAUGAGGCUGGUCAUGAGGUUCCUUAUUAUCAGCCUGUCGCUGCUUUGCAACUUUUUAAUCGCACGCUGAAUGGUUGGGAGUUGCCUAAGGGUGAGAAGAAGUUGACGCCGGAUUUUGGUUCUAGUGGUCCUGCCACUGCGACGCAUACGGAGUCCUCUGUUGCGUUGCCUACUAGCACUACCAGUGGUUCAAGUUGA